CAUACUCUGCUCUGCUGCUGCUGCUGCUGCGUGCUCUGCUGCUGCUGCUGUGGGGACUGGGGAAGGAGAAGGACCGAAGGAAAGAUAGCGUGGGGUGGGCUCUGCUGUAGAUCUAUGUGCUCUGCUGCUCUAUGUACUGAUGUAGUGAUGUGCUCUGCUGCUCCAUGUACUGAUGUAGUGAUGUGCUCUGCUGCUCUAAUUAGUAAUUACUAAUUACUACUUGUGUUGUGCUGUUUUUUUCUGCAGGCACCUUGGCUGCAGCUAGAGGAUGACUGACCAAAUUGCCAAUAGUGCAGCCGGCGGCAAUGGGCCUGAGCCUGAGCAGUAUGAUCCAUCCAAGGAUCCUAAGCGGAAGGCAAAGUCGGGAGACCCUGGGUGGAAGUAUGGGUAUUGGCAUGACAUGAACAGGAGGGAUAAGAUACGAUGCACAUUUUGCGGGACAGAUGUGCAUGCUGGAAUAGCAAGGUUCAAGCGUCACCUAGCUGGGGCUAGUACUAAAGGGAAGAAGAAUUCUAUAAAAUGCAAGAAGGUGCCAGAGGCUGUUUCAAAGGAGAUGCUGGAUUUCAUGAAGGCCUACGCAAAGAAGCAUAAUAUGCCAGGGGAGUCUGAUAAAGAAGAUACAGCAACUGGUGAUGAAGAAGAGGAUGCAACAGCAACUCAAACUAGUAGUAGGACAGCAAAAAGGAAGGCCGAGACUGUCCAAACUGAAUUACCGACACAAAAGGCUUCAAGAACAAUUGCCGGGAUGAUUAGGAAGACUCCGGAAGAAGUCAUUGAGCUAAGGCACUCGAAGAAUCCUUCUCAAGCCGCAUUGAACGCAGGUUGCUUCAAAAGGACCACCGAGGAUAAGGAUAGAGUUGAUGAUCAUUGGGCAGCAUUUUUCUUUGCUAAUGCCAUUCCCUUCAAUGUUACCCGAUCAAGAGCCUUUGAGAUUGCAUUGGAGUCCACCGGGCAAUAUGGUCCAGGCUACAUCCCCCCAACUAUUCAUGCUCUUAGGCUUCCACUUCUUGUGAAAGCAAAGAAGAAGACACAUGCAUUGAGAGAGCAACAUAAGCUGGCAUGGCAAGAGUAUGGCUGCACACUAACGUUCGAUGGGUGGACCGAUGGGAGGACUAGGCACUUGGUCAACUUCCUUGUCAAUAGUCCAGCCGGGACUUUCUUCAUUGAUAGCGUUGACAUAUCAGCCCUAGUAGCCAACAAAGAAUUGUUGGCAGAUUUGAUGGAGAAAAGGAUCAACGACAUUGGAAGAGGCUACGUGGUUCAGAUUUGCAUGGAUAAUGGUGCUAACUACAAGGCAGCGGGUAGACUCUUAACGGAGAGGAUCCCUACAUUAUGGUGGACCCCUUGUGCAGCUCAUUGUUUGAACCUUAUGUUGGAGUCCAUUUGCAAAAUCAAGCAAUUCAGCGAGUGUAUUACAAAUGGAAAAAGGGUGUCUACAUUCAUCUACAGGCAUGGCAAGGUUUUAGAUGAAAUGAGAGUGAAGACCGGCAAUCGUGAUCUUGUGAGGGCUGGAGCUACUCGCUUUGCCACAAAUUUUCUCAACUUGCAAAGCUUGCACAAACAUAGGCAAGCUCUCAAAGAAUUGUUUGUGGGUGAUGUUUGGCAUAGCAAUAAGUUGUCAACCUCACCGGUGGGACAAAAAGUUCAAGAAGAUGUGCUGUCCAUUAGGUUUUGGAACUCGGUAGAGACUUGCAUGAAAGUUUCUCUACCUCUUCUAAGGGUGCUAAGGAUUGUUGAUGGCGAUGAGAAGCCGGCGAUGCCCGAGGUUAUGGCAGCAAUGGAUUAUGCAAAGGAGAGAAUCAAGGCUGCGAUAGAUGACAAACCAACGUUGGUUAAGAAGGUGACAAAAAUAGUAGAGGACAAGUGGGAAUCUCAAAUGGGGGUGAAGUUGUAUGGAGCUGCACUAUUCUUAAACCCAAAUAGGAUCUAUGGUCUGAAAGCUAAGCCCGAGAAAGCACGAUAUUGUCAAAGGCUUAGGCAUAUGUUUAAUGAGGUGCUAUUGCACAUGGAGCCCGAUGAUGAUAAAGCAAGCAUGAUAAGUAGAUUGGCUGAUGACUAUGAAAGAGGUGAAGGUGAAUGCUUCAGCUCUAAGUUGGCAAUCAAUGACCGAACAAAAAAGAGUCCUCUUCUUUGGUGGGGUGCUUAUGGUGGCCUUGCUUAUGAGCUGCAACAUUUAGCAAAGCACAUAGUUAGCCUUUGUGCUUCAGCUUCCGGUUGUGAACGAAAAUGGUCUUGCUUUCAAAAUGUAAGUAGUAAGUACCAACUUGAUGUUCAUUGUACUUCUGUAGUUCUUUGGUGGGGUGCUUAUGGUAGCCUUGCUAAUUGUUUUCUUGUAUGUUGUUUUCAGAUCCAUAGCAAAAAGAGAAAUAGGUUGGAGUUCCAAAGACUUAAUGAUUUGUCAUAUGUUCAAUACAACCGGAAGAAUGCCGAUAGGUUCCAAAAGAUUUGUGAGGAAGGCUCCAAAGGGACUAGGUCUGACCCAUUAGUCCUAGAAGACUUACAAUGGGACAAUGAAUGGGUUGACCAUAAUGCCCAGCCGGUUUAUGAAGGGGCUGAUAUCACUUGGGCUCAAGUUGACGAAGCUGUCGGUGCAUCUGAAGGUCCAUUGCGCAACCUUAGAAGCCGUGGGAGUGGGAGCCAGGCUGCUGUUACCCAUGUCUAUUCUCGAUCUCGAGUGCAAAACCAAGUUGGAGAAGAUGAGGACGAGGAGGAGGAUGCAAAUCAGGAGGUUGAUCUUGAAGAUUAUUCAACAAGUGAAGAUGAUCAAGAGGGAAAUCAAGGUGAAGGUGAAGGUGGAGGUGAAGAGAGAGGCUCCAUUGGCUUUGAUGAUGAUCUGGAUUACUAGGACGACUGAUGGAACUUGGGCUGGUGUGGCUUCAUUUUGGACAUAUGGAGUUGGGGGCUCUUGGGGCUGGUGUGCCUUAUUCUGGACAUAGGAUUUGGGGCUGGUGUGCCUUCUUUUGGACAUAGGAUUUGGGACUGGUGUGGACCGUGUGGCUUCUUUUUGGACAUAUGGAGUUGGGGGCUUGGGGGUUGGGCUGGUGUGCCUUAUCCCUUAUUUUGGACAUAGGAUUUGGGGUCGAUUUGGGGCUGGUUGUUAAGAGUUAAGAACUUGGUAGUUCGUAGUUAAAUGUAAUGAACUAAUGCUUAAUUUCUGUUGUAAUACUUGUUGCUGUGAUCUGUGAUGGUAUUUAUAUGUAGAACUGCUGCUGUUUUCCUUAUCUGAAUCAGGUGAUCAGGUGCAAAGAAAAAAGGAUCAUCAAGGAAAACAAAUUGGGACAGAUGGACACACAAGAAGUAAGUUCUCCUCUUUAUUUGAACUCAAAUGUGCAAGUU